GUCUUUGACAGAGGUGACAGCACCAGAGGUACGCCAGUCAAUGUCGUCAGGGAGGCUGUACUUGUACUGAGAUGUGUUGAAUUUCUUGAAGAGGUGGCCGUAUUUGCCAGAGAGACCUCGGGAGACGUUCUCACCAGGUCUCCAAAGUUGUUCAUCUUGAGAGUGUAGCCAAAGGUGUCAGAGUACUGGUUGUGCUGGUCGAUGUAAGCAUUGUUGGACAUCCAGAGGUGCCACUCCUCGGGGUACUGGAUGGCUGCUGGCGUACCCAUGGCGACCACUGCCAGAAAAACUACCAGUGAUUUCAUUCCUGGUCUUUGAUAGCGAGAUUCUGCAAGUGGUUUUGCCAUGUUCCUGCUUCCACAAGUGCCACUCUCGAGGCAGCUGGACUUGGGGACCAGACGGCUCAGAGCAAAUGUGCUCGUCAUCAGCUCUAACUGCAGGGGCCACCGGCAAUAACAGAGGGAGUAGGAGAAACAAGACGGCUGCAGAGCUGAGUCCUAGUCGUAAUGAAGCCAUCAUCUGUGGGGAAAGUAAAACGGUAGCAAGUACUUAGCUAUAAUAUAAUUAUGGUGGAUUAUUGUAGUUACCGAUACAUUCUAAGUCUCUAGAGUCAUAUUAUCUUACCCUAGGCAGUUGGCUAUCAUAUAUGGGAUAGGCAACACUCUUAAGUAUCUCUCUCUCUUUCUCUUACCUUUCAGGUCCAGACAGGGUCCAAAUGGUUCUUCAAUCGUGGACUGUAUACCACGUAUGCACUGGUGAACUAUGACUGAUCUAAACUUUGUCUUGAUUCAUCCGCAAUGGGAGGUAUCCAGUCUCAAAUAGCUAGCACGCUGCGUGGGCCUUGUCUCUACCAACACUCCCAAUCGUGCACUCUCCCACUCUUUGGGCUUUCACUGGACAUAUGGCAUUUGGCAGGACUUAACACGAGCUACUGUGCCACUCCCAUGCCUGUGUCUAGAUCCAUGUACUGCAGUCAUAUUAACCGCCCUUCCUUUUUACCUGGUGAACUACAUACACUGCGUAGGGAGAUGUUUCCAUUCAUAAAACAUAUCGUUUUCUAGUUCCUCAGUUGUAAGACGGCACAAAAGUGUUUGUAGCUGCUAUUCAACAUAACUUCCCGCAGCUUUAUUGCUUAGUGCAUGGCAAACUGAUGUGUCACAAUUGUGCUUUGUGUAUACCAACUGCAGAGUUUGCUUGUUUUUAUCAAAGACUUGUGCAGACUGUGACAGAUGUUGCCGCUUGAUCCGAAUCUUGGUCUGUAUUCAGAUCACAGGUGUCCUGCCACUCCCCCUCUCCCUCUCCUGACUCCCUUUCAACCCAGUUCUGAUUGAUUGAGUGGUAAACACGUUUUGCUAGCAGCAGCAACAGCAAGACACAUGAUGUUACCUUUACCUCCCAAGCACACAGACACGGUGUUGGUCUAGGACCAAACAGCACAGGCAUGGGAUGCUAUCGGAUGUUGUUGUUGGUUAUUGAGAAAACAGAAUUUGCACAAACAGUGCCUCAUUAAUUAAAGUGUACCUCAGCAGUACCAGUUUUCUCUCAUUGCAUGUGUACACAAAAGUUGAUAUUAUGGCAUCAUAUCUAUCACUAGUAAUGUCAUGUUGUACAGGGCAUAAAAUAUCAAUGAUUCCACAGCGCGUACAGUCGCACACGGGAAGUGGGGAUCGAAGAAACUCACUCAUAUUUAAUUGUCUUUCUCUAACAAGACUUCUUCAUGUAACUGGAGAAGUAAUGCAGGUUUCUGAGGUUUUCUUGUGUGUGGCGAUCGCGGUGAUUGCAAGAGUUCAGAGCCAGUUUCUGUACGAGGGAGGGCUGGUGGAAAACCAUGGCCUUGUAGAUCGCUACGAUAUGGCGAACAACGCUCGCCGGCUGAGAUGUGUAACUGCUGUGAGUAGCUGUUGUCGUGACAGCUCUCAGGGGACCUGGUUCAGACCAGAUGGGGUUCCCGUGACAAGCAGUGCUGUCAAUGGUGUGCAUCAAGUGUAUGGCAAUCGCAGAAUUGAACUUGUUGUCACCAGCCGGAGUGCCAUGUCAGGGAUAUAUCGAUGUACUAUACAGACUAAUGACCAGAGUAGUGAACUGGAGUCAUAUCAUGUGGGACUCUACCCUCCAAAUGAAGGUAAUGCAACAGUCCAAAUCUCCCUGACUGUCAAUAGAGAAGGGCCUCGGUACACUCUGAACUGUGUCACCAUUGGAGGCCCUAUCGGUAGAGUUGAUUGGCGGCAAACCCCACUGGGGCAAACCUCACAAAGCUUGGGAGAAGGAAACAAAGUCCUCAACAACCCAGUCACUGCCCAGUACAACCUCACUAAGAGUGUAAAUACACCAUCUGGGAGAAUUGUCUGCUCAAUAAUAUCCCCACAUUCUGCCAGCGAAGAUAUCAAAUUUGAUGAUCUCCCACCACCCUACUUUGGUAAUAUCAGAGGUCGGUGCAUACAGCUGGCGAGAGCUCCAACUGACUAUGCACUGUGA